ACCUGAUCGGUAGUGUUGUUGCUGAUGUGAAAAGAUGGCUGCGCACCUUUCGUACGGCAGAGUUAAUUUAAACAUUUUGAGAGAAGCAGCACGGAAAGAGCUUCGGGAGUUUUUGGACAAGUGUGCGGGAAGCAAGGCCAUAGUUUGGGAUGAAUAUCUGACGGGACCUUUUGGACUGAUAGCACAGUACUCUCUACUGAAGGAACAUGAAGUGGAAAAGAUGUUCACCCUCAAGAGUGGCAGGCUGCCCUCUGCUGACGUCAAAAACAUCAUCUUCUUUGUUCGUCCCAGGCUGGAGCUCAUGGACAUCAUCGCCGAGAAUGUUUUCAGUGAGGACAAAAUGCACUCGGCGAGAGACUUCCACAUCUUGUUUGUGCCUCGGCGGAGCAUGCUGUGUGAACAGAGGCUGAAGGAGCAGGGAGUGUUAGCCUCUUUCAUUAACAUUGACGAGUAUAUCUUGGACCUGAUUCCCUAUGAUGGCGACCUGCUCUCCAUGGAGUAUGAAAGUGCUUUUAGGGAGUGCUAUUUAGAAAAUGACCAAACAAGCCUUUACCACACAGCCAAAGGCCUCAUGACUCUACAGGCACUGUAUGGAACCAUCCCACAGAUCUAUGGGAAAGGAGAAUGUGCUCGCCAUGUUGCCAACAUGAUGCUGAGGAUGAAGAGGGAGUUUGCCGGCAUUCAGAAUCAGAUCCUCCCUGUGUUUGAUACUCUUCUCCUCCUGGACCGUAAUGUCGACUUGCUCACCCCCCUGGCAACACAGCUCACCUACGAGGGUCUUAUUGACGAGAUCUAUGGAAUCACUAACGGUUAUGUCAAGUUGCCUCCUGAGAAGUUUGCACAGAAGAAACAGGGUGAGGGGAGUAAAGAUUUGCCAACAGAGCCCAAAAAGCUACAGCUUAACUCAGCAGAGGAACUGUAUGCAGAAAUUCGGGACAAAAAUUUCAACGCUGUAGGGGCAGCACUUAGCAAGAAGGCCAAAAUAAUUUCUGCUGCGUUUGAGGAGCGCCAUAAUGCCAAAACGGUGGGAGAAAUAAAGCAGUUUGUAUCUCAGCUGCCUCACAUGCAGGCAGCAAGAAGCUCGCUGGCUAACCACACAUCUAUAGCAGAGCUGAUCAAGGACAUCACCACAUCUGAGGCCUUUUUUGAUAACCUAACAGUGGAGCAGGAGUUCAUGACAGGAGUUGACACUGACAAGGUUAACACGUAUAUAGAAGAUUGCAUUGCCCAGAAAGAUCCGCUGAUCAAGAUUCUGCGUCUGGUGUGUAUGCAGUCAGUCUGUAACAAUGGCCUCAAGCAGAAAGUGUUUGACUACUACAAGAGGGAGAUUCUUCAAACUUAUGGCUAUGAACACAUGCUAACGUUGAACAACCUGGAGAAGGGGGGUCUCUUGAAGCCACAGAGCAGCUCAAGGAACAACUACCCCACUAUCAGAAAAACCCUUAAACUGUGGAUGGAGGACGCCAAUGAACAGAACCCAAACGACAUCUCCUAUGUGUACAGUGGCUACGCACCACUGAGCAUUAGACUGACCCAGGUCUUGGCCAGACCAGGUUGGCGCAGCAUUGAAGAGGUGCUGAAGAUGCUCCCUGGCCCGCACUUUGAGGAGAGACAACAGCUACCAGCUGGGCUUCAUAAGAAACGCCAGCAGGGGGAGAAUCGCACAACCCUGGUGUUCUUCCUGGGAGGGGUGUCGUAUGCAGAAAUCGCAGCUCUUCGCUUCCUCUCUCAAAUGGAAGACAGCGGAAUGGAGUACAUUAUAGCCACCACAAAACUCCUAAACGGCACAACUUGGAUCAAAUCCCUCAUGGACCGACCUGAAUCCCAGACCCCCUGAGUCUCGUGCAUGCACACCUGGACACAUCAAACACGCCAUCCAUCUGAAAACCUCAGCUGCUGUUUUUAUGUUUGUGUCAGUGCACUGCAGGUGUUACACUGAUGUUUGAACCUGUUCAAAAAAAACAUCAUGCUCUUUAAGGUGACCAGUGGAGCUUUCUUGUAAACCAACUUAGUAAUGUUUACAGUCUGUGUUACAGACCAAAUUGUAAUCUGUAUUUCCUUGUGGCAUUACAAACAUGUCAAAAGCUUCUCUUUCUUUACAACAUUAGCAAUGUUUAUCAACCUAUGAAUUUUCAAUCUUGCAGGCCUUUCUCUUUGUUUUCUUGCUUCCCUUUGCUGGUGCUUUCAUAUGCUUAAUAUACACUAUUCAAUAACAGCAGGUUGGUGUACUUUACCUUAGUCACACAAUGGUACUGUUUUUCUGACAUCAUGCUCAUGGUAGGAAACUCGGAACGGAUGAAGAGUAAAAGGAUGUUGUACUGCUUUGUUCCGUAUUGCACUUCCUUAUACACAUACAUUCAGACAAAUAGUUGUCACUUCAUUCACCUCUGGAUUGAUCAACAAAGAGAUAAUAUUAGUGACAAUCUUUGGGCCAUAUUUUAAACAUACUUUAUAAGCCAUUAGUUAUCAUGACAAAACUGCAAUCAUUAGCAUUGAGAAACCCUCCAGCUAACAGUACUUCCUUUUUGUAUUCGUAUUCCUUUUUAUUUCAUGUAUUACUAUAAAACAGUUAUGUAUGCUCGGAAGUGGCUCAAUGCUUAUGUUAGCUGUUUCAUAAUAGUAUGGGGUUAUAAAUUGUUUUACCUUUAAAUAUUGACUAAUGUCCCUCCAUAUUUAUCUAUACACUGUCUUUUAAGUUGCUCAUCAAUUGACACUUAAGAUUCCCCGCACUAAUAUGAUUCCUAACUUGGAACAUCAGUAUGUCAUUUUCAUUUGUUAAUAAAGUUUCCUGUAAUGAGCGUGACUUCAGAGAAAAAUAGUUGCCUUAAGAAUAUGGUGAUUAGAGUAUCACGUAGCCUGCGGCCUUAUAUUAUUCACGUGCAUGAUACAGACAAAACGUUGCUCCAUAGCACUUCUAGUGGUCACAGACUCUCCAGGGCACCUUUAAUUUGUUUCCAGUCUGACAUUUGCUACCCAGGUAAUAUAACACAAAGUUAUUUGAGCUUCAUGCAUUUGGCUCCGGGCUACACGUGCAUCACUGAGGUCAUGAAUCUGCUGUGGGGUUGUUGUACAUGUGUAUUUAUGAUUCAAAUCUCUGGAAAGUUUGUGGUUUGUCACGUAAGACAUGAUUAAAUAUGAUUGAAGGUUUUGUUGGCAAUUUGUUUGGCUUCACUGACGUAAAAAAAUAAAGUCCAAACUAAUGUCAAA